AUGCCACGCUUCCUCGGCCUUCGGGGCAAUAGCCUCAAUAUCGCCGCCAUUUUGGGCGUGCUCAUGCCCGGAAUUCUCACAGUUGGCUACAAUGCAUCACUACUCGGCGGUGUCUUGACGCAGAAGAACUUUGAAGAACAAUUCCCUGAAAUCAACAUUGCCGCUGCCAAUGAUAAACCACAUGCGUCAAUGGUCCAGGGUCUUGUUGUGGCCUCUUACACAAUAGGGGGCUUCUUCGGAACACUCUCCUGUAUAUGGCUAGGCGACAGAUUUGGCCGCCGACGCACAAUAAUGGCAGGAUCAGUCGUUCAAGUCCUCGGAGCUAUUUUAAUGGCUAGUGCAGGCACCCUCGUCCAACUCAUCACCUCUCGGGUCGUUCUCGGUGUAGGCACUGGUGUUCUACUGGCCACCAUUCCUCUUUGGCAAUCUGAGACAUCGCCUGCAGACAAGCGUGGUGCUCACGUCGGCAUGAAAGGAGUAUUUAGUGGCUUCGGGUGUGCCCUUGGCCUUUUUGUCGACUUUGGAAUGUCGUUCACCAAAGGCAGCGUCGCCUGGAGAUUUCCUUUCGCUUUCGUGGUGCUGCUUUCUGUCGCUGUUUUAGUGUUCAUCUACAUGUUACCAGAGUCCCCCCGGUGGCUUAUCCGACAAGGCCGACUCUCUGAGGCCAGUGAAGUCUUGGCAGCUCUCGGGGAUACAAGCGUUGAUGAUGAAUCUGUGGGAGCAAAAAUCAAGGACGUCCAAACAUCACUGGACUUAUUUGAGGAAAAGUCACUCGGGCAAAUAUUCCACAUGGGACCCCAAAGAACUUUCCACCGAGCUAUGAUUGCUGCUUUGGCAAUGUUGUUCUUACAACUCACUGGAUCUACGGUCACCACAUUCUACACAACCGCAAUAUUUGAAAAGAAUCUUGGGCUCGGUAAUUCAACAUCCACGGUCCUAGGGGCAGUUUACCAGCUAGUAGGUCCCCUUGGCGGAGCCUUUUGCGUUCUCAAGGUCGACGGUCUUGGUCGCCGUGUCUUGCUUCUAGGCAGUGCGAUCGGAAAUGCCGUCUGUCUAGCUUUAGUAGCUGGCCUUGGAACCCAAACGGACAACCCACUCGCAAUGCGCGGGGCUGUUUUCUUCAUUUUCCUAUUUCAUUUCAGUUACAUCAUCGGGUUUGGCGCAAUACCAUAUCUAUACGCCACGGAGAUUGCGCCUUUGCAUCUACGUACGACUAUCAACAGCUUCAGCAUCAGCAUAUCCUGGGCCAUCAGCAUCAUCCUCACCAGUGUCACACCCAUUGCAUUCAACAGUAUGGGCCAGACAUACUUUGUCAUUUUUGCCGGCUUCAAUGCAAUGAUGGUACCUGCAAUAUAUUACCUAUUUCCGGAGACCGCUGGGCGCAGUCUUGAGGAAAUGGACAAGAUAUUUGCUCUUUCACAUGGUGUCUUGGAUGCUGUCAAAGUCGCUCGGCUUCUUCAACGCGGACAAGCAAUUGAUCAGUCGCUUGAGAAAGAUCUUGACCCAAACUUCAAGUGUCCUGAGCUUCAGCUUCGCGAGGUGUAUUCGUCUUGA